GGUACCAUAAAGUUCAAGUGACGUAGACUGAGGUACGAAAGGGCAAAACUGUAAGUGUCUCCUGUGCCUUGAUAGUCUGUGGUACUACAACUUGAAAUAACUUUAAAUAGCAACCACUUCUAGUACUACAAAUCAGUGGCCUAAGGAUGGAGAGGAUUUUAACAAAGUGUCGAAUCACGAAUCAUCUGGUCCGGGAGUGUUUGGCUGAAUGUUUAGGAGUCUACAUCAUCAUUUUGUUUGGAUGUGGUUCAGUUGCCCAGGUCACUACCACGCAGAACCAGAAGGGGCAGUAUAUCUCCAUAAACUUGGGUUUUGCUUUGGGAGUUACAUUUGGGGUUUAUGUCUCACGAGGAGUGUCAGGGGCCCAUCUGAACCCAGCUGUGUCCCUGAGUCUGUGCGCUUUGGGCAGACACCCUUGGGCCAAACUCCCAUUUUAUGUUUUCUUCCAGUUUCUUGGGGCUUUUCUAGGAGCAGCAACUGUUGGUCUGGAAUACUACGAGGCCAUCAAGUGGUACAGUGGAGGAGAGCUGACGGUGAGCGGCCCCACAGCCACAGCAGGGAUCUUCUGCACCUUCCCCGCUGAGUACCUGAGUCUGUGGGCCGGCUUCGUGGAUCAGGUGAUAGGCACAGCUGCCUUGCUCGUCUGCGUUCUGGCGCUUGGGGACGAGGGGCAGGGCUCAAUCCCCGCCGGUAUUCAACCCGUCCUGGUGGGGGCAGUAGUGAUGGUCAUAGGGGUCUCCAUGGGCUCCAACAGUGGAUACGCCCUGAACCCGGCCCGUGACUUAGCGCCCCGACUGUUCACGUACUUCGCAGGUUGGGGUGACGAUGUGUUUAGGGCUGGAGGAGGGUGGUGGUGGGUGCCUGUAGUGGCUCCAUGUGUGGGGGCGCUGGUGGGGACCCUGGUUUAUGAACUCAUGAUCGAAGUUCACCAUGAUCCAAAGUUAAAUACUGCAUCAUCUUGUGAGGAAGCGACUGAGGGCAGGAGCAGUUUGGAGAUGGAAGAGCCCGACCAAAGAAAACCUGUUUAGGCAAAUCAUUAAAGGGCCCAUAUUACACAAUUUUCUGUUAUGUUAUAAUGUUGUUUUCUCACCACAAACAUACCUGGAGUUGUGUUUUGUUUUGUUCACAUUUUUAACACACAAAACCUGAAUAUUUAAGCUGAGUUAUUCUCUCAAACAGAAAACACAGUCCAGGAAUCGCUAAUUUUUACUGAAAUGUAAAAGAUAGCUAUCAACUAUUAACCCCCCCCCUUCAGUUUUCAGUUCAAGACUAUAUUUCAGAUGGAUGACUGUGUGUGGACAAUGUGUAUGACUGCAUCUACACUGUAACUUUAUUGUAAUUUUACUUGUAUUGUAUUUUUACUGCUGUUUCAUAACUAUGUGGCUUGCACUGAAAAUUAUUUAAUAAAAAAUCCAUCCAUCCAUUUUCGUCCGCUUAUCCGGGGCCAGGUCGCGGGCGCAGCAGCCUAAGCAGGGACUCCCAGACUUCCUUCACCCCAGACAUGUCCUCCAGCUCCUCCGGGGGGACCCUGAGGCGUUCCCAGGCCAGCCGAGAGACAUUGUCCCUCCAGCGUGUCCUGGGUCUUCCCUGGGGCCUCCACCCGGUGGGACA